UCAGCAGCAACCGUAGUGUGCAUUCGCCGUCCGAGUAUAGUCGUGUGCCGCGCCUACAACUCGCCGUGAUUGUUAUGUAAAAGUUAUAACGCGAUUAAUCGAUUUGUUUAUUUUUUUCAAAACGUAUUUGCACAAAUAAAGCUGACAUCAUACGAUGUAUAUUUAUUUUUUAAGUAUUUCAGAAAAUACUCAAUGAAUUUAAUAUUACUACUCGCGUUGGGACUUGGUUUUGCCCAGCCAAUUUCAUUUGGCCCUAUGAGAAUCAUCAAAAUCAUGCGUUAACAUAAACUGGUGGAUUGCAACUUCUGCUCCACCAAGCUAUCAAUGGACGGUGACAAUGAUAGCGGAAAAGAACGGUUUUUAGUGGCCACUGACAAGAGGCGUAUGAAAGCAAAAAGAAGUUGUUCGGCCAUUACAGAACGAGAAACGAGUAGCUCGUGGUUGUUAUCUAGACAACAUCCAACAACUAGGAAGUCUUCUAGAAUAUACAGGGAAUUGUGUCUAGUAUGGAAUGGUCGCGUGGGAUCACCUAAUACAACUGCAUCUGCCCACAAAGUUCAAUUGCUAUUCAAUGACCUAGGGUUGUAUCCAACAUCUGCUCAAGUCUCUGAAAUGAUGCAGUGCACGAUGAAAUGUGCUAAUAGGAGUUCACCAGCACAUAUGACAUUUGGAGAAUUUUGUAUAUUAGCAAGAAAACUGAAAAAUGGUUUAGAUCGAGGAAUUCCAAGAUCAGUGCAAUUUUCCCGAUUAUUAGAAAAAGACCAAGAAAAACACAAUGGAAUAAAACGUAACUUAAGAAGUUUGCACAAUUAUGAAGUGUUUUUAGGUGGAUCUUGCAAUCCAACUACAUGGCGAAAAGAUGUAGCCAUACCAUUUUUAUUAGAAGCUGGUAUAUCAUUUUAUAACCCACAAGUUGACCAUUGGAGUCAAGAUCUGAUUGAAAUUGAAUUUAUGGCUAAAGAAAAUGCAUCUAUAUUAUUUUAUGUUAUUGAUAGACAAACCAGAAAUGUAGUAAGUGCUAUUGAAGCAGCCAAUUUUGUUGGGUCUCAAAAAAAUUUAGUUAUGGUAAUUCAUCCACAAGACACAACUUCUCGUAUAAUAGUGGCAGGUGAACAAAUAUCAUCAUCAGAAUCAUGUGAUAUAGAUGAAGCUUUAGCUAUUAUGUAUAAAAUUACUCACAAAGAAGGAAUUUUGGUAUUUGAAAAUAUACCUCAAGCUUUAAAUAGAGUUGUUCAAAUUAUACACAACAAAAUCUCUGUAAAUAAUGAUGUUACUGAAGAAUGCACUAUUAAUCGAAAAGUACAAGAUGCAUUCAAUAUGUUUGAUACAAAAUCAACAGGACAAAUUAAUAUAUUUGAUGUAAGAAUGGCUAUUCGAUUACUGACUAAUAAAAAUCUUUCAGAGGAUGAAAUGUUGAAAGUGACACCUGAAAACAAUGAUUCUAAAGUUAUUGAUAAAAAUCAAUCAUUCAAUUUUGAUCAAUUUAAAUUUAUUGCUUUGAAGUAUUUUCAAUUACCAGAUUCUAAUAUCAACAGAAAUGUAGUUAAUAAUGGUUACAUAUAUAAUUCAAAUAUACCUAGAUCAUUGUCAGUACCACAAAGCUGGAUUGAUAUAAGUAUGUUAAAAACUACAGACAUUUAUUUAGCAGGAGAUAGUGGUGAUGAUAUUCGGUGGAAAGAAGAUAUUGCUAUUCCUUUAAUUAAGAAAACAAAUUUAACAUAUCAAACAGCUAAAAUACCAGAUCUUUCAGUAUUACUAGAUUCACGAACAUUGCUGUUUGUAAUUCCUUAUAAUUCCAGAUCAUUAUCCACUAUGAUUUUGGCUGCAUAUUGUAUUGGUAAAAGCUGCAGAACUGUAUUAUGUAUUCAAAAUCUCAAUAAAGAUAGUUGUACAAUACAUAAUGAGAAGUUAACGCAAACUGCUAUAAAUGAUUAUAACCGAGGAAGAUUGUACCUAGCUGAUUUAGCGUCACGUGAACAAGUGCCUGUAUUUGAAUCAAUUGAAGAAGCAGUUGAGAUUGCUAUACAUAAAACCUUAUAAAAUAUAUUAGUUUAACUGACAAAAAUUUGUUAUUUUAUUUUAUUAUUGAUAUGUAACUAACCGAUAUAAUCGAGCAAAUUUAAUUUUUACUUUUAUUUAUUGAAACUAUUUUAAGUACCAAUUGUUUCAAUUUUUAUCUAACUAUUCAAUUAUAAAAUAAAAUGUUUAAUAUAAGUUAAUUGUUAUUUUUUAAUUUAAUUUUAUUAUUAAAUACUGAUUUAAGUUUUUCAUAAUGAUUUUCUAAUUAUUACCUGUAAUGAAA